AUGGAGGUACUCUCUGGGGGCGCCAGCAAUGCAAGAAUUUGGAUUGAGAAUCAUCCCUCGGAGGGUUGGGCCCCUGGCAGAGUGGAUUCUGUUGGAGCAAAUGGUAACUACAUCGUUGUCGAUGACAAGGGCGACAAGUUUGAGGUGAGGCAGGAGGAUGCGCGACCUGUCGAUCCAAACUGCAUCAGAGGGGUGGAUGACUUGCUUUCGCUCGGCGACUUUAAUGAAGGAGCCCUUUUGCACAACGUCCGCUGCAGAUAUUUUGAUGACAGCAUUUACACUGGGAUUGGCAGUCCCAUCCUCAUUUCGGUGAAUCCAUUUCAAAACCUUCCUGGCCUGUACUCCGUAGCAAAACAGAAGUUUUACAGAGAGCAGUCUGCGGCAGCAGGAAAUGGCGAGGAAGCAAACCUUCCUCCCCAUCUAUUCUCUGUAGCUGCUGCUUCAUAUACGGCAAUGCUGCAUGAUUCCAAGAACCAGUCUGUAAUUAUUUCUGGUGAGAGCGGGGCUGGCAAGACAGAGGCAACCAAGAAGAUUCUCAUGUAUUUUGCCAAUCUUCAACAAACUUCAGGCACUGAGACCGAAAAGAUGAGCGUUGAAGAGCAAGUGUUGAGAUCCAAUCCAAUCCUCGAGGCUUUUGGGAAUGCCAAAACCAUCCGGAAUGACAAUUCUUCUCGCUUUGGCAAAUUCAUUGACAUUGAGUUUGAUCCGUCCGGGAAGCUCACCAGCGCUCGCAUCUCGAACUACUUGUUGGAGAAGAGCAGGAUCGUCAAGCAACAACCUGAUGAACGAGGCUAUCACGUCUUCUACCAGAUUUGCGCUGGGGCUGCCAUGUCGCCAGACAUGCCAUCUCUGGGUUUGCGGGCUGCGCACCAACAUGCAUACACUUCAGUUUGCACCGAAAUCGAUGGAGUUGAUGAUGCCAGCAUGUUAGAGGAGGCUGUAGAAUGCAUGGAUGGCCUUGGAUUCAGCAUGGAGGAAAAACGGUCAGUAUUCCAGUUGGUUGCUGCGGUGCUGCACUUGGGUGAUAUGCAGUUUGAGGAGGGAAGUGACGGCAGUCUGAUAAGUGACGCCGCAAUGGCGGACAAGAUCUGCGAGCUUCUGCAUGUCUCAAAGGAAGACUUCACAAGGACGUUUCAGUUCAAGACUCUGGAAGAUCCCUUCUCCAGACAGAUCAUCAACAUGCCACAGGACCCUGCGAACUCAUCCAACACGCGGCACUCCAUGGCCAAGCAUUUGUACUCCCGUUUGUUUGAUUGGCUGGUAUGGCGGAUCAAUCAGAGCACUGCCGGGAAAGGCACAGGGAAGAAGGAGAGCAUGAAAAAGAUUGGCAUUUUAGACAUCUAUGGGUUUGAGGUCUUUGAGUGGAAUUCAUUUGAGCAACUUUGCAUCAAUUUCGCAAAUGAGAAGCUACAGCAGCAUUUCAAUUCCCACAUGUUCACAAUGGAGCAGCGUCUCUACACUGAAGAGGGCAUUUCGUGGAGUCACAUUGAGUGGCAAGACAAUCGAGAGAUUAUCGAUGGCUUGGAAAAGAAGCCGUUUGGUCUUUUCUGCAUCCUGGAUUCCGAAUGCCUCAUGCCCAAUGCCACAGAUGACACAUGUUUGAGCAAGAUUCACAGCACCUUUAAGUCAUCAAAAGUGGUUUACAAGACCUCACGCUUCAAGUCCACCAACUUUGCUGUGGCGCACUAUGCUGGUGAGGUCGUGUACGAUGUUCUCUCAUUUAUCGAGAAGAACACAGAUAAGCUGCACGCCGACAUUAUCAAUUUACUGAAAUCGUCGUCUAUGCCAGUCUUGAACACGCUGUUCUCGGAUCCUCGGUUUGCCCCGGACACACAGGCGCAAGCUCCGCGAUCUGGGGCCUCGCCUCCGCCUCGGCGUGGAGAAACAAACCAAAGAGCCAAGCAAAACAUCACCGUCAGCAUGAUGUUUCGACAGCAGCUGGACCAGCUUGUGGAGGAUCUCAAUCGCACAAAUCCACGAUACAUUCGAUGUAUCAAGCCCAACAGCAACAAGCAGGCGCGUGAGAUGGACUCAUUGGACGUGCAGAGGCAGCUUCGGUGUGCCGGAAUGCUGGAAUCAAUUCGGAUCAGAAGAGCUGGCUAUCCAGUGCGACGGCCCUUCAAGGAGUUCUUCAACAGGUUUCGUAUACUUUGCCCACAUGUGUCGAGCAGAAGCGCUGAUCCAGACUACAAGGAGCUCAGUAGACGUGUGAUGACAGACAUCGAAGCGAAGUGGCAGGCAGCGCAGCCCCUGGAGCCACGAUCCUGGCAGAUUGGGAGAAGCAAAGUCUUUUUGAAAGAGGAAGUCCAAUCAAGACUGGACAAGGCGAUCGCUGAGGCGGUGAAGGUCUUCGUCCUGCGAAUUUCCAAGCGUUGGCGUGGCUUUCGAGAAAGGCGUCGGUAUCGUGCUAUGCAGCAGGCAGCAAUGCAAGUACAAGCUGCAUUGCGUUCCCUGAGACCUGUCCAUGAGUAUCGUGCCAAGCAGCUGGCCACACUGCAAGUGCAAGCUGGGUUGCGCUCUUUGAGAUCUGUCCUGGUUUUUCAGAAUAGCCUCCGCGCGGCUCAAGCAAAGCGAGAGCAAGAAGCAGCAGAGCAAGCGAGGCAUGAAGCUGAAGAGAAGGCCCGAAGUGAAGCCCAAGAGAAAGCCAGAGGUCAAGCUGAAGACAUGGCAAGACGUGAAGCUGAAGAGAAAGCACGCCUUGAAGCUGAAGACAGGGCACGACGUGAAGCGGAAGAGAAGGUGCGACGUGAAGCCGAAGAGAAGGUGCGACUAGAAGCUGAAGAGAAGGCACGACGUGAAGCCGAAGAGAAGGCAGAACUUGAGCAAAGACAGAGACACCUGAGCACAUUGCAGCAAGAGCAGAGAGGAGAGAUUGGCAGUGAACGGGCUCACUCUCUUGACCAGCUUCGUAAUGAGCUGUUGGCACGGAUCGAGACAAGAAGUGUCGCGGCCGCGAGCAACAGACCGUCCAUUAUGCUGAAUGAAGAUGGCCGUAAGACCCUGCUGAAUCAACGGGAGGUCUUUGAGGUCCUCAAGCAGCGAUUUCAUGAGGCCCAAGAAGCUACAGAUGCGGAACCUGAGCUCGUCAUCAGCAACUCUGACAGAGAGUUGGAAUUGGAAGAAGAGCUGCGGAAGUUUCGCAAGGAGCACGUCGAGCUGAAAAUCAAGCUCACAAGUGUUGAGGAUGAAUUCGAACAAAAGUGCCAAGAAGCAAAGCAACUUCUGUCGAGCUGUAGUGAGCUCCAGGCAGAAGUUGAAGAUUUGAAGGUGCAGCUAGCGCAGGAAUCAGCCACGGCCAAAAAGCAAGCUUCCAAAAUGAGUGAGCUUCAGGCAUUGCUGGCGAAUGCAGAAACAGACUUGCCAGCUUUGCGCAAAAGAAUCAAUGCCGCAGAAGAGCAAGCCGUCCAGGCCCAGGAAGAAGCCCGCGCUGCCCAGCAGAGAUGUGGGAGAACUGAGGAGGAAAAGGAGCUGGUGCAACAGAGGCUAAAGCAGACGGAGGCUUCAGCCUCCACAUUUGCCCAGCGUGAGCGUGACUUGCAGGACCAGCUGAAGGAGCUCAAAGACCAGUUGGAGGCAACAAGACAUGCGGCUGAAGUGGCUGAAAGCAGAAAAGCACAAAGUGAGUCUUCGCACCACUGGUGGCAAGCAGAAUGUGAGCGGGUGAAGGGACAACUUUCAGAAGCCAAUUCUGAUCUAGCAAAGAUGCGCCAGAUUGCAGAUGAAGUCUUGAAAGUCAAGGAAAGCCAAGCGGAUUCUGAAGUAGAGAAAUGGAAAAAACAGGUGCACAGUCUUGAAAAGGAGCUCAGUCAGGCCAAGCAGCUAGGUCAAGAGAUGACUGAGGCUAUGCGUGUCAUGACUCAAGCAGUCAGUGAACGUGGAGACUCAUCUGGGCAGGCGAAGGUGCUGGUACUGCAGAUUGAGAAGCAGAAGCAGGAGCUGAAAUCCGCAAAAAGGGAACGUGAUGAAGCCCAAAGGGCUUUAGACGAGAUUCAAUCUUCAGGCGACUACUUCAAAGAAAGGUUUCGAUCGGCACAAGACGACAUCCGCAACCUAAAGCAGGAGAACUCGCACUUGUCAGCGACAAAUGAGAAACUGAAAAAGCGUAUAGAUAGCACCAACCAGGAUGCAGAGGUGAAGUCCAUUGAUGGUUUGACUAUGGGCCCCGAAUCGUUUGCGGCUGACUCUGCAGAGGAGCUGCGAGAACGGCUUAGAAGCCAAAGCCUUGAACUCACGCGAAGAGAAAUGGAACUAAAGCACAAAGCCGAGGAGCUGAACCGUUCUAAGGCUUUUGCUGAAAGGACGCAGCUUGUGAAUGAUUGCUUGAAUGAAUUGUUGGUCCUGGAGUCUGAACAAUCAAGUCUCUACGAGAACCUUUGUGACAACAAAGGCAUUAAAGACCUCGACGGUCAGCUUGCAGAAAAGAAAGCCAAAGCAAGCUUAAUUCUCAGCCGCCUGAACCAAUAUGUAAAGGCAGAGCAAGCCUGA